AUGACACCGGACGUUGAACCCCACAGUUCUGGGGGUAACCAGUGUCCAUGCAUCACGUCGUACGUGUCCUUGUAUGUGUCGGCCAUUGUGCGGGCCAUAUCCCUGUGCCUUCUCACCUUGGGCCUGUUCACAUUUGUUCUGUACCUGGUCGGUGACAGACUUGAAGCGGGUUGGAAGUGGUUCUUUCAACGACAAAAGUAUCAGGAAAAAAAGGGCUCAGGGCUAUCAGCAGAGGAGUUAUCCCAUCAACAGAGGGCAGUAUGCGAGAGAAUCCAGAAUGAAUACAAUGAGAAGGCUUCCAGGUAUGAAGCGGAAGUCGCGAGGCCGAGACGGGAAGCAAAGAAGGCUCAGCUGGAGAGGGAGUUCUACAAGUUUGCUGGACCGGCCUGGAAAGGGGGUGCCCGGAGUCUAGACGACAACCAAGGCAAUGAUGAAAAGGCCGGUUCUGCUUCAAAGCAGCAGUUGCCUAGGAAAGGGGCCCAGGGGACGAGCAAGGAUGCAGCCACCGUCAGGAAGUUGCCUGAUUCUGCAACAAGACAGCCCCAAGCUGUGCCAAACAAGCCUCAACAAGUAAAGAAGGUAAUAGUAUUACCAAAUGAGCCCGACACAAGAGACAAAAAGUGUAUAACGGUGGCAUUGAGAGGUCUACGGAGUACAGUCACGAAGAGGCGGUUUCUUUACACAGAAAAAGUUCAGGUGCUUUUGGACUGGAUGGCCAAGCAAGGCUACCACCCCAAACUUUACACAGUCUGCACAACGUUCCCGCGGAGGGACUUGUCCCAACACGCCGAGGAGACACUGGAGGAUAUGCACCUGGUCAGAGACGUCGUGCUGGCGAUCGAGGAGAGAGAGUGACGUGGCAAGUCGUAAUAUGUGCAAGAAUCCACCCACCGGCCAGUCUGCCCUCCAUCGCCAUAAACCUCCACUCUCACCGAUUUCUGCAAUUAUGUAGCAAGCCUCCUUCAUAUGCCAGACCAAAAUGCAGUAUGGCCAAUGGCUCGUGCUUGGCACUUUCACUCACUCACUCACUCACUCACUCUCUUUCAUAGUCGGGGGACUUGAGGGAAGCUUGAGGGCUUGGCACUUUGCUUUCAUACAAACCUAGAGCAUCAGUUGGAGUCACUCACAGUACGCUGCGCCCCUCCAUGUUUGUCCCCCAAAAGUCCAUUUUCAGUUGGCAGAUUUUCAUCUGCAUCCCUGCAAUGCUUUUAACUGCUGCAGUGACAUGAAGACUGCAGUCAUCCUGCCAUCGAGAUCGGCGCAAGUCAUCAGGAAUGAAGAUGCUGAUUGGUUGUAGCAUUCUCUGCAGUAAUUGGGAGUUGUAAGAUUAGGUAUGAUGAUUGACAGCCAUGUACAAUCAAUGUGUAAUGGAGUCACAAUAUAUCAACCUUUUGCCCAGUACGGUACUCACUUCCCAUGCAAACUUCUGGUAGUUGUGUUCUUCCGUCUGGAGUCCACAGAGAACUGGGGGGGAAAAUGCAUUUGAGAUGUCACAUUAAUGCGAGAAUUGCCGUGAAAUCUUCACUGUCUUUAAUAUUUGAAAGUGGCGGAGGUUUACGUGGCUAGAAAACACUGGGUUGGUUUGUUCGUGUUUUCUGCCCAUGAAGUCUCCAGCUGAUUUCAGCUUGAUGCAUGUACUGCCCUCUCUUGUCCAACUCCAGUAUCAUUCUAUGUUUUUUUUCAAUGACAGUGCAACAUCAAAAAACCUGUGCAGAAGAAUUUUGAUCACCCGUUGAGUUCCACUCUAUCACGCUGCAGCCAUAAGGCUGUAUUAUUAAACAUAUGCAGUGAAUUGCUAAUUGAGGUUCCCAACCCAAACACACUUGCUAAUUGAACCGUUGGGAUAGAUUCAAAGCUAGAUGACCAUGUAUGAACUCUGGCCAAAUACAUGUACUAUCAUUUGUACAAAAACUCUAUGUAAAACAAAUUGCAGCAUCUUAUACCAUUUUCUUUUUUUUUUACAGAGAGAAUAAAGUGCCUCUUAUUGCAAAGUGUAGGUGAUAUAAAAUAUAACUUGCCGUAACAUGCAAAAUAGAUUUUCAGUUAUUUUUCUUUUACCACAAGAUUAUUGAAUCACCAAAUUAAGUACACUCUGUUUAGAAUAUUUAUUCAUGAAGGAUGAAAGAAUUUUGGAAAGAGUGCGUUUCGUAUUUGUCAUUGGAAAUUUGAAGGAGUGCAAAUUUGUCAACAUAUCAUAAUUGUGUUUUGACAUUUUAUGAAGAGACUCGUAUGUUGAUGAUUGGACGCUCCUGCAUGUAAUGCAGAUUGUCCCAGUCCUGGAGGACUGCUCUGAAAUGAAUAGAAAAGGGGUAAAAAUCAAA